AAAAAGGUGUAAAGACAAUCGCUGAUUUGUUCAAAGCUGGCGCUUCACAGGGAGACAAGUUUCUUGGUGUUAGGGGUCCAGAUAGUUUGUACACUUGGCAAACGUAUGAUGAGAUUAGCAAGAGGCUCUCCAACUUUGGAUCAGGAUUGAUCGAAUUCGCUGGUUUAGUUCCAAAAACACAGAACAUGUUUGGUAUUCUAAUGAACAGCAGGCCAGAAUGGGUAAUAGCUGAUCUUGCAUCUCACCAUUAUAGCCUUGUGGUCGUGGCGCUGCAAAGUAUUCGCCCGCAAUUAUCGGACAUAAUAAAUGAAAUUAAGCAGACUGGCAUCACUUCUGUUAUUGUGUCAAAAGAUACUUUGCCACUAGUUCUCUCGGCAGCUCCGUCAUGUAGCUUAUUGAAAUACAUUGUCGUGGCGGAAACGGAUAUUCCCUCUGAUCAGAGAUCAAAAAUUGAAGCGUUGGGACUUGUCGUAAAGACAUUUGUUGAAGUUGAAAGAUUAGGUGCACAGAAACUGCUUGACCACGUAUUACCAGAGCCCGAUGAUACCGCAACGAUUGUAUAUUCGAGUGGCAUUACUUCUGGUCAUCCAAAAGGCGUUGAGUUGACACACAAGGCAACUAAUGUCGCCGGCCUAUCGGCCGCAAUGUCAACACUGAAGGCAACGUCAGCAGACAGGCACCUGUCAUAUUUACCGAUCGCUCAAAUUUUUGAAAGAAUUGUUAUCAUUACGAUGAUGUUCAAAGGUGCGUCUAUUGCAUUUUACCGUGGCGAUGUAUCCAAAGUUCUUGACGAUGCUCAGGCAGCACAGCCAACUAUAUUCACUGUCACUCCUCGUUUCCUCGCAAAAUACCAUGACCAAAUUAUGCAACAGUAUGGGAAUAGCUAUUUGUUCAAUAAGGGGGUGAACGCUAAAAAGGCACAACUGAAGAAGGGAAGAUUACUCGUUAGUUCCAUUUGGGAUGUAUUAGUAUUCAACAAAAUUAAAGCACUCUUUGGAGGCAAAGUUCGUGCUGCUGUAUGCAGUUCCGGUCCAGUCUCGCAAACAUUACUUGACUUUUUGAGAAUAACUGCUGGAUGUCAAGUUAUUCAAUUGUAUGGAUUAACCCAAUGCAGCGGAGCUGUAACGGCAAAUACGGUUUACGACUAUCAAGCAGCCGAUUCUUUAGGUCAUGAGAGUCAUGCCGGAGGCCCGUUACCAUGCAAUGAAAUCAAGUUAAUAAACUAUGAAGAGAAAGCAUAUACUGUCGAAGAUCAGCCGAACCCACGUGGAGAAAUUUGUGUUCGUGGACCAAAUGUUAUGAAAGGUUACUACAAGCAACGAGAAGUAACGGCACAGAUAAUUGAUUCUGAGGGUUGGCUGCAUACUGGAGACGUCGGUAUGAUCUUACCGAACGGUACGCUAAAGAUCAUUGAUCGGAAGAUGCCAAAAGCUCAGCAAUUGACGCACAUUAAAGGAUAG